AUGCAUCAUCCCGAGUUCCCUACUAUCGCUUUCCUUUGCGCCACACUCAUCCUUCUGCCAUUGCCCUGGCAUUGGCGAGCCGCAAAUGUCGCAACACUAUCAAUAAUAGUUUGGUUGUUUGUGCUGAAUGUAAUAUACGGCGUUGAUGCUGUUAUUUGGGCCAAUAAUGCCGAGAUUGUUAUUCCAGUCUGGUGCGACAUAACGACCAAAAUAAUUGUCGGUGGUAAUUUUGCACUCCCGGCAGCAUGUCUAUGCAUCUGCAUUCAUUUGGAGCAAGUUUCGUCUCUAAGAGCUGCAAGGACGACCCUCCCAGAAAAGCGGCGACGUCAAAUCAUUGAGGCUUUGAUGUGCUUCGGUCUACCUGCGGUCUUUAUGGCACUUCACUACAUCGUGCAAGGACAUAGAUUCGAUAUAAUUGAAGACUUCGGAUGUCGUCCAGCAAUAUAUGCAUCAGUGCCAGCGCUCAUCCUCAUGUGGGUAGUACCCUUAUUUUUGGCGACCUUAGCGCUGGGAUUUGCAGGUUGUGCCCUCAUGCACUUCAUCCAACGGCGUGCCUCGUUCGCCAAGCAUCUGAACAGCCAAGCCGGUCUCACCACUGCGCGCUACCUACGCCUCAUCAUGAUGGCCGUCGUCGAGAUGGUCAUCGGCAUUGCCUUCACCGGCUACACGGUGUGGUUCAAUAGCGCAAACCUCCAGUCUUGGACCGGCUGGGCCGACGUCCACUGGCAUUUCUCACAGAUUGCUCAGUACCCUACCAUUCUGCUUCCUCAAAUGUUCCUACGGACGUACACCGUGCUGUGGUGGAUGGUCCCCGUCGCCACGCUCACAUUCGUCGCGUUCUUCGCGUUCGGCGAAGAUGCCGUCAACGAGUACAAAGCGUGUUUCUCAUGGAUAGCAUCCAAGAUCCUUCGACUAAAACCCAGAAGACCCAGUGCCAAGUCGAGGCAUACGAGUUCGUUGCCUGUAGCAUGGUAG